UGGCUUCUCCUCCAAUAUAAACACCGCCGGGAGUUUCCGUAAAAUCACAUUCAGCUGUCAAGACUGAACAAUGGUUAACAUGAGCUAUCACCAAUUUUUACUAAAAUAUCUACAUUCGAAUUCAAGACAGUCGAGAAGACGAGCGAAUAAAAGAAAGAGGAAUAAUUGGGAGAAGCUGUCUCCUCCAAAUUGUCAGACCUGAUUAACAGAGACUUUUUAAGGUCCAGUGUGAACUGUGUGGCCGAGUAUCUGUGCGUUGCGACUGAUUGGCGAGAUGACUGCCGAGUGGCUACACCUGCCCCCGCCGUACCCCCCUGGUGUGGGGCCGUUGUAUGGUGCAGAGUUGGAGGCGUGGUAUGAGGACCUGCAGGAUAUUCUGGGCUCCGACACAGGAGGGGCAAAACUGGCACGUGCCCCCACAUGCACCGAGAAGGAGCCAGAGUUUCUGGAUGUUCUGGAGAGUUGUUCUCUGACAUGGCUGACAGACGGAAACCAGACAUGGGCUGAAGGGGUCCAGAGGGCAACAGAAGAGAUCCACACCACCCAGCCUCUACAUCACACCUCCUCAUCGUCCUCCUCUUCUUCAUCAUCCUCUUCCUGCAUGAGUCCAGCUGUUGCAGAUGAGCGGAAGGUGGAGGCUGAGAGUGGGAGAGGUGGAGAUAACUCGACAGGAGGCGGCAGUGACUUGCUGCCUCCGGAGUUUUUUGAAUUGCUGAGUGAAGGAGGAGUGGGAAUGGUGGAUCCGAGCGGAGCAGUGAUUAGCAGUGGCUAUUAUUAUCACCACCAUCAACACCACAACGCUAAUGAUGACCAUCCUGCAUCUCCCUCUGCCAGUGAGGAGGAAUUGCCCUGCGUCCCAGAUUCUCCUUCCUGCUCCUCUUCUGCGUCUCAGUCACCAUCUCAAAAUUGCUCUCCUCCCUCUUCACCUGUCUCUUCUCCCUCUGUCUACCCGUCCUCUCGACUGGGAAAGCGCAAGAGGACCACCAGCGAGAGGGCCAAUAGUGCCUUGUCCUCCUUUUCUUCUUCAACACAACGCUCAUCCUUCUCGUCUACCAAAAAGAGUCGCAAAGAAAGAGAGCAGGAGAAUGAGAGGAAGGUGCAAGAACUGACAGAGCAGAACGAGCGUUUGAAAGCAGAAAUUGAAAGGCUGGGAGAGGAGGUACAGAGGACACGAAGAGCUCUGAUUGAGAGGCUGGUCAAUACCAGGAAAUGAGGGGAAACAGAAAAGGAAUAAAAGAUGAGCGUUCCUACAGAAUUAGAAUAAGCAAUGGUGGGAAAAGGAGAAUGUGGUCAGGUAAUGCCUCACUGACGAUGAAAAAUGGAAACCAAAGAAAUUUUUAUAAGUGAAAAGUUGUUUGUUUUUUGGAAGAGAUGUUAGUAAAGAUGGCAUGGAGAGGGAAAGUGAUGAAAGUUAAGACUUGAAACGGUACAGAAGGAAGAAGCUGCAACAGCAUUGCGGCAAAUGUGGUGUUGAAAAGGCACAGCAUGUAUGAUGGAGAGAAGACUCGUAGUGCAAAUCAGGCAGUAGAUUUCAUGAAUGUCAUUUUAAGGAAUGCAUCAGCUUCCAUCAAGCAAGACAGAAUAAGUUGCAAGGAUUUGUUAAUUUAUAUCUAUGACAGAAAGAAGCGUAUGUUAGAGGGAAUAUUUCAUUGUCAUCCAUUCCCACCAUUCUGCAAUAAAUUAUUACUCCUACUUUAAGGGCUGCAAUCUGGCUAGCAGAGAUUAUUUGCCCCAAUUUGUGGAGAGUUUAGGAGCUCAGGAAAAGUUUGAAAGUGCCCAGUGCAGUGUGAGUAUGAGAGAAUGGAUUUUUUUUUUUUUUUUGUAUACGUUUUGUAUAACCCAUAGUUAGUAUGUAUGUGUAUUUAGAUAAAGCAAGACCCAGCUAUACUUUUAAAGCUGACCUUUUCUAUCAUUAUGGGAAUGUGGUAGAAUUCUACCCUGACUUACUAUUUUUAUAUAAAACUGUAACAUUCAGUUGUACUGUAAUAUACCAACAUACUGUUAUUUUCUCAUUGUAGUCACAAAUUGUUAUUGUCGGCUAUUAUGCAUGGCUUUUAUCACCGAUGGCAUCUUAUUCAUGUAUUUUACAUACUGUUCAUUUUAUCCUUUGUGUAGUUUAAAAUUUGCAAUAAAAUAAAAAGUGUAACAUUGA